AUGGCAUACCUACAGCUUUUGUUGCUCUAUUUUUUAGUGUCAACAGCUAAAGCAUUCUAUUUGCCAGGUGUAGCGCCUACUACUUACAAGGAAAACGAUGAAAUUCCAUUGCUUGUUAAUCAUUUAACUCCAUCAAUGUAUUAUCAACACAAAGAUGAAGAAGGUAAUAAUGUCUCAGGAGAUAAAGAGAACUUUUUGUAUUCCUACGACUAUUACAACAGUAGAUUUCAUUUUUGCAAACCCGAAAAAGUCGAGAAGCAACCUGAAUCCUUGGGUUCCAUUAUAUUCGGUGAUCGAAUUUAUAAUUCCCCGUUCCAAUUGAAAAUGCUAGAAGAAAAGGAGUGUGUCUCCUUGUGUAAAAAAACUAUCCCCGGCAAUGACGCUAAAUUUAUAAAUAAAUUGAUCAAAAAUGGCUUUUUCCAAAACUGGCUAAUUGAUGGAUUACCGGCUGCUAGAAAUGUUUCUGACAAAAGAACUAAGACAAGCUUUUAUGGAGCUGGCUUCGAACUUGGAUUCGUAGAAGUUACCCAGGGAACCGCUAGCGAGGCUACUCCAAAUACUGCUGAAACUACUAAUCAAGGCGUUGAGUUGGACACACGUGAUGGCCACAAUAUGGUGCAAACUUACGAGCAUCCUUACUUCACUAAUCAUUACGAUAUUAGAAUUGAAUAUCACGACCGCGGUGAAGGUAACUAUCGCGUAGUUGGUGUGAUUGUCAAUCCAGUAUCCAUAAAACGUUCUGAUCCAGAAACCUGUGAAACAGAUGGCAGCCCUUUAAUGUUGGAUGAAGAAAAUGAUAACGAAGUUUAUUUCACUUAUUCCGUCAAAUUUGUUGAAUCAGAAACUUCUUGGGCCACCAGAUGGGAUAAGUAUUUACACGUCUAUGACCCUUCCAUUCAAUGGUUCUCUUUGAUCAACUUCUCUUUAGUUGUUGUCUUGUUAUCGUCUGUUGUCAUCCAUUCGCUAUUGCGGGCACUGAAAAGUGAUUUUGCACGUUACAAUGAAUUGAACCUGGACGAUGAUUUCCAAGAGGAUUCAGGUUGGAAAUUGAGUCAUGGUGAUGUUUUCCGUGCACCAAGUAGAUCACUAACCCUUUCCAUUUUGGUUGGUUCUGGAGUUCAAUUGUUUUUCAUGGUUACUUGUAGCAUUUUCUUUGCUGCCUUAGGUUUCUUAUCACCUAGUUCUAGAGGUUCGUUGGCCACCGUUAUGUUUAUGCUAUAUGCAUUAUUCGGGUUUGUCGGCUCUUAUACAUCCAUGGGUAUUUACAAAUUUUUCGAUGGACCUUACUGGAAAGCAAACUUGAUAUUGACCCCACUUUUAGUUCCAGGUACUAUUUUGAUCAUAAUUAUCGCAUUGAAUUUCUUUCUGAUGUUUGUUCAUUCUUCCGGCGUCAUACCAGCAAGCACUUUGUUCUUUAUGGUGUUUUUAUGGUUUUUGUUCUCUAUUCCAUUAUCGUUUGCUGGCUCAUUGGUUGCUAGAAAAAAAUGUCAUUGGGAUGAACAUCCAACCAAGACAAACCAAAUUGCAAGACAAAUUCCCUUCCAACCUUGGUAUUUGAAGACAGUGCCAGCUACUUUGAUUGCUGGUGUCUUUCCAUUUGGCUCCAUUGCCGUUGAAUUGUAUUUCAUAUACACAAGUCUAUGGUUCAAUAAGAUCUUCUACAUGUUCGGAUUUUUAUUUUUCUCUUUCCUACUUCUAACUUUGACAACCUCACUGGUUACCAUUUUGAUCACUUAUCAUUCGUUAUGUCUCGAAAACUGGAAGUGGCAAUGGAGAGGAUUCAUUGUUGGAGGUGCCGGUUGUGCUUUGUAUGUGUUUAUUCAUUCCAUUUUAUUCACUAAAUUCAAGCUGGGUGGGUUCACAACUAUUGUUUUGUAUGUGGGGUACUCUUCGGUUAUUUCACUACUGUGUUGUUUGGUAACUGGUUCGAUUGGUUUCAUUAGCAGUAUGUUCUUCAUUAGAAAAAUUUACUCAUCUAUUAAAGUAGACUGA